AUGGAUCCAAUCUAUCUUUACUUGCCCAAAGCACACACAAGUCAAACCAGCCUCAUCCAAGCAACAUUUCAAUCAAAACCCCUCCAAGAGGAGAAGAGGGAAAAGAACACACCCUCCAUCAUGUCUCCACCAUCCAAACCACCACCACCACCAAAUUCAACACCAAUAAUAAUCCCAACAACAUACACAAAAACAACACCUCCCGAAUCCUUCUCCUCCGCAGAAUAUGGCCACCUAACAUGGCACACCCUAAUCUCAGCCCCAACAACAAAAACCACAGACCUGAGCGCCGGCAUCGCAGUCUGUCCCCCCAAAACAGGUCACCUGUGUUUGCACCGGCACGAACAGGCAGAGAUCUACCACAUCCUCGCGGGCGAAGGCGAGGUUACGAUUGACGGGGUCGUUAGUCCGGUUCGUGCGGGGAAUACGGUGUUCAUCCCCUCUAAUGCCGAGCAUGGAAUUGUGAAUACUAGUGAUGCGGGGGAUUUGAGGCGGUUUUAUGUCUUUCCCACGGGUUCUUUUGGGGAUGUUGUUUAUCGGUUUUCGAAGGAUGAGAUGGGGGUCAAGUCUGAGGCGGGGGUUGAGGGGGUUAAGGCGAAGUUAUAG